AAGGGAGGGGGAAAUGUGGUGAGAUUGUGCGUAUGACAUCACUUCCUCUUGGCCUUUGGUCUAUCUAGCUGGAGGAGUGGGAUUCUAUGGCCUGUGUUCUGAAGCCCUUCUAUCAAGAUGGGUUUAAUGCACCAUGUCACGCUCCUCCAAGACCCAAAAGAGACAAAUUGUGAUUCUUCCAGAUUUCUUUAUUAUUCCUCUCCCAUAGGCAGAAUCUUGCCAAACUAAAGCAGGCUAACCCCGCCCUAUAAGCCGUAUAGCCCUGGGAAUUAAGGAGGAGUUGUCUUCACCCUCUUUCUCUCACAGACUCUUUUGAGCUGAGUUGCCUCUUGCUCCUCUUGAAUGUAGCCCCUCCCUCUUGGGAAUCCAGACUGCAGGUGGUCCUCAACAUACGACCACAAUUGAGCUGCAGUGAUCAUAAGUGUGAAAAAUGGGGGGGAAAGCGAUUGUAAAUCACUUUUUUCCAAUACUGUUUGUAACUUCGGUCACUAACUGAACUGUUGUAAGUCAAGGAGUACACUUCCACCACAACUGUGUAAGAGCCCUACAGUUGCCACUUGCAAACCUACCCAACUACAGUCAAGGCAGGAAAACAACUAGGAGUCUCACCUGAUUUUCUUGGCAAGUUUUCCUAGCGGGGGAAUCCUGGGAGUUGAAGUCCACUCCUCUUCAUGGCACCUCCUCCAGGCUUCCUGGGAACGCCCCCAGGGCAGCGGCCAAUAGGAAGCGAGGCGAACGCGGCGAAGUCUCAACGUUCUAAUCUAAGCGACCUCUUCGGAGGCGCGCCCGGGACAGGCGGUGAGCCGGUGGGCUCAAGCGGGGAAGGGGGCGGCGGGGGUCUCCGUUGCAGCGGCCUGUGCACUCCCUCCGGCGGACAGACCUAGAUCCCGGCCGGGGCAGAGGGUCCUGGAGGGUCUGUCCCCACGACCCGCAAUUCGGAGCGAUGCUCGAGACAUUCCUUGCUUGGGGAGGAAGCAAGCUGUGACCCCUUUUCACGUGCAUCGAAACACGUGAAACUCCGGGGUGGGUUUGCACGUGGGAAGAGGGCGGUGCAUGGCCAUUCCGGGGCACGCCGCUGCCUCCGGGGUCCCGACUGCGCAGGAGGCAGCUCCGUCUGGAUAGCGAAGACCCCUCGCCGCUGGAAGGACGCCCGGCCCGGCUCUUGCCCCGAUCGCCUCUCUCGGCCCCGGCCUGAUGGCCAGGCAGAGCCGCCUGCAACGCGAAGUGCUCCUCCUCUACCGGCAGUUCCUGCGCGCCUGCCGAGGCAAGCCGGGCUUCCUGCCGCGAGUGCAGGCCGAGUUCCGCCGGGCUGCCCGCAUCCCGCGCACCGACGUGCUGCUCAUCGAAUACCUGCUGCGCCGCGGGCAGAGGCAGCUGGAGCAGCUCCGGGAAGGGCACGCCACAAGGAUGGGCUUCUUCGUCCCGGGGAAGCCGCCGCCGCAGCAGCAACAGGAGGAGGACGCGCAAUCCUGAGCGGAGGAUCGCUCUUCGUGGCGCGCGGCCAGGCGCGCUCGCUGCAGACAACCCGGAGGGCCGGAGGCGGGGGGGGGGGCCAGGGGGCCUUGCGGAGGCUGUUGAGAAGCAGCUGGUCUCUCCGGAGUUGUGUGGAUUGCGUCCGUGUGUGCGUUUGAAAUUGGAAUUUGCAGCUUGAGUCCCGGCUGAGACUUCUCAGAAGAUCCCGCAGCUCCCCAUCCAGCCCCGUCCCUCUUUCCGUGGGAGGGGGACAGCCGUCACGUCUGCACGGGAGGCACAGCAAGCUUCCACUUGGCAUUCUUGUCCCGAUGUUACCGAGGGUUCCCCCCCCCUGCAGGAAUCCCUUCCAAGCCGGUGUAAACCUGGUACACGGGGAUGGGGGGGGGGAAAGGGCGUGAACAAUGGUCCUGGAGAAACCAUGCUGGUUGGUUUGGGUCAAGCUUUCUCCACUUGGAACUGCAGACAACAGAAAAGAAGAAUGGGCAUGAAAAGGAUUUCUCUCUCUCUCUCUUUUAAAACACUCCAGCAGAAAUAUUGUUAAACCUUUGCAACCUGGGCCAGCAAGUGUUAUCUUUUGACAAUAGUGGCUAAAUGGCUGUUUUCUGGGUUUUUUGUUUGGUUUAACAUUUUUCUCUAUAUUUAUUAAUUGUAUUCCGUUGUUAUUUUUUUUUUCAAUCUGUGAAGGAAUUUUUGAACAAAACCCAAAACUGUUAUUGCUAAUUUGUGUGCAGUAUUUAUUCUAGUUGUGUUUUGGAUUGCAGUCUGUUGUAAAGGGAUGUUCUAAACUAUGGUAGAUGAUUCCAGCAUUUUCAACAAGGAAGUUACCAUUAUGGUAUAAUAAAUAACUGGUUCCA